GUUUUGCUCUGGAGAGCUGGGGCUAGUCGGAGGCUGCCAGCUUCUUCUCCGCCCCCGGCAAAGAAAUUGGGUGUGUCUCCACCUCCUCCGCCGCCACCCAGCUGCUACCGUCUAUUCUGAAGCAGUCCAGGCAAAGAGUGCCUCUUUCCCAGCCAGCGCUCUUUCUCUCUUUCUUUAGCCUCCCGUCCCCACUAUGCCCGGUUUCACUUUGCCCCCGUUCCUGCUGCUUUCGCUGCUUUUCUGCCUCAGGUCCUAUCGCUUGACGGGGGCAAACGAUGGUGGUAACACCAGCGAGUGCGGUCCAUGCAUCCCGGAGAGCUGCGAGCCGGUGCGAUGCCAGGCUCCCGAGCUCUCUGUGCGGGACGCUUGUGGAUGCUGUGAGCAGUGCCUGGGUGCCGAGGGCGAGCUGUGCGGAGGCAGAGGCGGUGCGGGCAGGAGGCGCCAAGCCCGUUGCGGCCCCGGACUGGUCUGUGUGAGCCAGUCCCGGGAAGUACUGGGGGCGGCUGCGUCCCAGGCGCCGCUCCCCGAGGAGCUGGAAGGCACCGGGCUGUGUGUGUGCAAGGAGGACGGCGCUGUGUGCGGGUCGGACGGGCGUUCCUACCAGAGCGUGUGCGCCCUGCACCUGCACAGUUGGAUCUCGGUGCGGGCUGGCCGCGAGCGGGUCCACAAGGCGCACGAUGGCGAGUGCAAGUUGGCUCCUGUGAUUGUUAUGCCACCCAAAAAGAUCCACAAUGUAACUGGGGCCCAGGUAUACCUUUCCUGUGAAGUGAAGGCUGUGCCAACACCCAUCAUUACCUGGAGGAAGAUCACAGAAUCUCCCAAGGGAGUCAAGUUGCUGGAGGAAUUGCCAGGAGACCGAGUUAAUAUGGCUGUCCAGGUUCGUGGUGGUCCAUCCAAACAUGAAAGUACAGGUUGGGUUUUGAUCAACCCCCUGACAAAAGAGGAUGAAGGUGUAUACCAGUGCCAUGCCACUAACAUGGUUGGGGAGACACAGUCCUAUGGUACAAUAAAGGUUACAGAUCUGAGUAAAUACAAAAAAAUGAACUUCAUAGGACCAGAUGAUGACAUGUAAUGAGGGUGCCAGGGAACCCGAUUACAAAAUGGAGAAGAGUCAAUUAGUGAAUUGUUUCGUUUUUAUUGUGCAGCAUAAACUAGAAAACACUUCCCCAUUUUCUAUGUGCUUUUCAAUUUAGAUUAAAAACUAGAACAAAAAGGACACAAUUGUAAUUUUUAGCUGAGGAAAUAAUGAACAAGGAAUACAGAUCAAAACAAAAUCACAGGCAGCUUUUGCAAAAUGCUUUUUUGUACAUAAUCUGUGGGUUUUUUUUUCUUAAGCUGCUCCCAAGGGACCUCUCUCCCUAGUGUACAUUUACACAACACUUUACGUGGAAUUGUUCACACUCUUGCUUCUUCUUUUUUCCCAACUACAUGCUUGUUUAAAUGAUGUGUCCUUACCUCUCAGGUGACCUUGUAGGGGGAAAAGGUACACAAUUUGUAUGAAAAUUUCUCUUUUAAAAAAAAAUUGUAUGGCUUCAGGUUACAGCAUAAAUUGUUGAGUAAUGAAAGGUCCCCCCAUCGCCUUGGAGUUUACUCUGGAGCAUUUAACGUUCUAUCAAUUGACGUUAAUGAAACCUACAAGGUACUUUCUACAGGAUCAUGUUGGGCAAUCACGAUGCUAAGUUGUAAAAACAGGUUUCUACCUGGGAGCAUACCUAUGUAUUGUUUGGUGAACAUUGUGUUAGAAUUACUGUGUCAGAGGCUAAUUGCAUUUAGUGGGAUAUGAAAAUAGGAAUUUUGUCAUUGUGUAGAUUUUACUUUUAGGUGCUUCUACUCUGUCAAAGAAUAUGAUGAGAUAAUUUUUUAAAAUCACUUCAGUCUGAGCUAUAUAACACAAUCCUAGCAUGUUUAAAAGUCUUGUUGUUUGUUUAAUCAUGCCCAACUUUUUGUGACCCAGUGGAGUUGUUCAUGGAGUUUUCUUGACAGAGAUACUGGAAUGAUUUGCCAUUUCCUUCUCCAAUGUUCCCAUUUUACAUUUAAGGAACUGAGGCACAUAAGGGUGAUGUGACUUGCUCAGGAUGACACAGGUAGUGUCUGAGACCAAUUCCAAGCCCAGUGCUCUAUUCACUGUACCACCUAACUGCCUGUCUAACACUCUAGACUCAGAAUAAUAGUAACUUACAACACUUUUUUGCAGUAGACCUGUAAUAUAGGCAGUACCAAUAUUUUUUAUCCCCAUUUUAUAGAUGAGGAACCAAAGCUAAGAGAGGAAAAAGUAAAUUGCAGCUAAUAGGGGUCAGAGUUAAGAUUUAAAUCCUGGUUUCCCGACUUCCCCUUUGCAGCCACUCAGACAGAAGAGAGUCCACUCCCCUGGUCAAAAAUAAGUGAAUUAAAUUUCAGACUUUGGAGAUUUUUAAAAAUUUAAUUUGCUAUUUUAAAAUUCCAUGCUUUUCUGGGACAAGUCACGGUACUUUUCUUUGUAAUGAAUUUUACAAAUACAAACACUAUGGACAUUUUGAUCAAGUUCUUUCUGCAGAAGGUGUUACCAGUUCCUGUUAGGUGAUUCCUGUACUUGGGGAAAUGUAGUAGUUUGAGAACGUCAAUGACCUGUUUGAAAUGCAUGACUAUUAAACAUUGAUAUUUCAAAGGGCAAAUGCAUGUUUUAGUAAGUGGAGUUUCAUUGUACAUCCUGGUCCCAAGAAUGAUGUAGUAUCCAUAGCUGCGGAUCACUUAAGAAAUACUCAGAAAUAUCCAAAAUUAGAUGGGACAUUUCUGGGUCCACUAAUAACUAAGUACACUGAAAUCAGCAUUUUGGGUUAACUAUGGAAUACCCAAAUCAAAUCCCAAUCUAGAAGAGAUUCUGGGAUCUCAUUUUUGGAAGAUUUUCAAGGCCUGGGAAGCUUCUUUCUUUUAAAAAUGAUUUGGUAAUACUUAAAUAUAUAUAUAUAUAUAUAUAUUUAGAUGUCAUAUAUAUAUAUCUCAGUGUCACUUCUAAAAAUGUUUCCUUGAAGAACCCUUCCUUGUAAGAAAGAGCAACAGCUAAUGGAAACAAAGUGUUGCUACAGCAAAGCACCUGACAACAUCGUGGUCUGCCCACCUUGGCCCUGAGAGGAAGGGAGACUGUUUUUUCUCAUCUCUCUUUUGGAGCCAAGGUUGGCCACUUGAUUGUUAACUCCAUCUUUGAUAGUCUAAGGGAAGUCUAGUUUGAAGGCAUAGAACAGACCACAAGACCUUCUUUUUCAGUCCUAAUUUGGUAGGAAUUAGGAGGUUGGGAAGAAAAAAUAUCAACAUCUUUAUUGAAUGCAAAAAUUCAGUUAAUGCUAUAAUGUCCCAGCCUUAAGGAUUAGAAUGGAUUCUUGGUUAUUUUGACAAUACUGGAACCUCUAAUUGUUUUUCAUCUUUCUUAAGUGUCCCUGUAGCUAUUUCUGGAGUUUUUCUCUCUCCCCCAAAGGCAUUAAAAUUGUAUUUAGACAUCAUAGUCCUUCUUCCCUGACAUUUAUACUGUGACAUCCUUUCCUCCAUUAGGGGAGGCUAGAUCUAGACCAGGAGAUUUUUUAAUGUGGUUGCUAUUGUGAUUUAAAAAACAAACACUGUUUUCUAAUCCUAAAUUUUUGCUAGUUUAUUUUCAUAAGAUACUGUGAUGUCACAUAGUUCUGUACACUGAAAAUAAACUAUUUUGAAGUUGUC